UUAGCUCCAAGAAAUAUAAAUACUAUUUUGGGUCCCUUAAAACCUAACCUUUGAGAGUCUGCCAAUCAAAAACUGGUUAACUGUUCCAAUUAUUUAAAAAGAGAAUGAUGGAUCAAGGUUUUAAACACCCUUCUAUUUGAAGCUGUAAAUGACUGGCUGUGUUUCAGCUAUACAGUGAAAUAAUGCUAAGCGAGUCACUAGGACUCAAGUCUACACUCAACAACACUGGCAGAGUCUCCUACCUCAUGGUCAAACAGCUGCAAAAAAACGAAAGUUAAAGAGAAUACCUAUUUUAGCCAGAGGCCCACAAAACACCUUCUGGAGCUUGCAAGCUACCCAGCAGGAGGAAAGUUUCCCUGUCAGUUCCAGCUUGAUUUCUCUAUGUCCUGCAACCAAAGCAUGUGGUUUCUUCAGCUGCAGAGUUUUGCCAUCCAGUUACAGUGGCCAACCAAGAGUGUGUCUCUUUGACUAAAUAGUCCAUGCCCAGCAUCGAGACUUUUCAUUUAGUAAAAUGAGCAUUUUAAGACAUUGGAUUCCUCGCCUUAUUUUUUGUUUGUUUGUUUUGCAACCCCAAAUUUACUUUUGAUUAGCAGUCAAAUUCUAAGUUUCUCUGGGAGAAAUAAAAUCUGAAGAGGAAAACCAAGAGUUACACGUGUUCCGAUGUGUUUGGGAAAUCUGUGCUGAGGUUUAUUUGAGCAUGGAAUGGAAUUCAGAACUCUGGGAAAGAAAGCCAGUCUCCAGAGAGCUGAUGUCACACAGAUGUGUCCCAGACUAGGGAGAUGUAAGAGCUAACAAUGGCUGUCCGUUCCAGCAGGCCACACUUCUGAAAGUAUGUCUAGGUCUUUUGACCUCCGAACAAUAAUCAUGAUCACCAUUGGUGGUGGGAUCCUGGCAGGCAUGUUUCUACUGAUAGGAGUUGUCCUCUGUCUUUACACCAAAAUAGCCAAGGCACUGAAUUCAACUAGCACUGUAGACUGGAGAACCCACAGAGGAUGCCUUGGGGAUGAGCUGUCUCCUACUCAGACAGAAACUUCAAAGGAAGCAGGUGCUGUAAGCGAUACUGAUCCAAGCAAUCCAGGCAAGGUCACCUUUGACAAGAUCGUCCGGCCCAAACCCAUCGCAGCAGAGUCUUGCCCCACCUUCCAGUGCUGUGAUGACUACAGCAUGUACGCAGAUAUUGGCACCCUGCCGCCUUGCUUUUGUAGCAUAAGUGAAGGACUCUGACACUGCAGUGGUGGAUAAAAAGAAAUCCUCAUGAUCAGUAUUUCAAUUUCUUAAUAGAAUAUUUUCUUAUUCGAGCCAAUUUCUAUAGUGUUGAUGUCAUUGUGUACUAUCUAACAUGAUAUUUAUGUACUUUUGUAUAAAUGUACAAUAAUGAAAACA